GUCGUCUUUUGGCGCAUUUAAGGCAAUAAUCUAAAUCUAUCUAACGGUAUGUAGCCAUUUCUUAGAAAAUAUUCAAUCGCCUAAACCUUAAUCAAAAUAGUCUACAUAUAGCAGCUAUAAAAUGUUUUUUUUGCUGUCGCUGAGAAAGAGGAAGCGUGCAACACCUAACGCAACAAACUUUUGAUGGCAGUUUGUUGUCAAACUGCCAUCCAAAUCUGCAAUGAUUGGUGCCAGCUAGAUAUGGCCCUAAUAAAACCAGCCGGCGAUAACCCGUGUUCGGGAGAAAUGAGUGACAAUGACGGAUUUGCAAAUGAAUCGGAACAGUCGAACUCCAGCCCGGAAAAUGAGGCCAACCGGGACUCCUCUGAAGAUGAGCCCGACUCGGAGGACAGCUCGGACAUGGAUGAAGGCGAGUGCGAAUCUCGACGUACCGAGCUGAUCCAGCACGUCCAGGACCUGGAAAGCCAGUUUGGCCUACUUAGGGAGCAGCUGUAUCGUGAGCGAAUCCAGCAGGUGGAGACUCAGCUGUCCGAGGUCAAGAUGGGUAAAUCGCUGGACUACACAAUUCCUCUACAGAAUCUGGAGGACCAGCGGCGAGUCAGGACAGAAGUGGCAGGCAUUUUAAGACAACUGCGCUUGGAGAACAUCCACAACCAAUACGAGGCCGAGAAGCAGGCUGCAAUGCAGAACCUGGAAAGCGAAAAGAGCCUGGCUAGAGACUACUAUCAUAGCGAACUCAUGGAGACAAUAAGACGACUGGAGGAGGACAAACAGAACAGUGAAAUCACAUGGGGCGAAGGCGGCGAAUGGAGCUCCAGGUCAAGAACUUCGCGGAAAAAGGCAGUAACUGUAUCCGGACCCUAUAUAGUCUAUAUGCUUAAGCCGCAAGACAUCAUGGAAGACUGGGCGCUUAUACGAAAAGCCUUAAAUAGAGCCACAUGAUGCGAGCGGCCAAUCUAUCGAAUAGGCUGCUGCUACGAAUAGUACCUGUAGGCACUGCAAGAGCCUAUAUGCCUCUACAGUAAUCAAUCAAACAGACGUUAAGCUCGCAAGAAACUGAAAAAGGACUAUUUUUUCAAUGACUACUAUUAGCAAAUCAUUGAAACUGUUAAAGUUGAACUGUGAAAUUAAAAUAAUUGCUGGAGUUA